AAAGAUCAAUUUCCUACUGGUCCUUUUUUUAAAACUGUUGUUUGUACCUUCUUUGCACGGCAGAGCUGUACAUGGGUAAUGCCACCUCUAUGUGUGAGUGUCUCGUCCGCUCCCGGUGUAAUGCACUGUAAAAACGUUGAUGCAUGUCAACUGUCACGACGAAGCCUAUAUUGGGUUAGAAGAGUGGAUCAGCUUAAGCUCUUUAGUCCUCGUUCCUACUUUUCCUCCUCUUUACUUUGAGGUUCUAUUUAUGAAUACAUAUAUUUGUACAGAGAAAAAAAAAAGAUAAUUUUGCAUCUACUGUGGUGGUCUAGACUUUGAUGGCACUCCUGCAUGAUAGCAAUAAACUAUUUUGAAUGAAAGAUGAGUGGAUGUUUGCAUUUAUUUAUUCAUUUAUUUAUGCAUACACUUUUAAUUGAACUGAUGAAACCUCAGAUCAGAUUCUGCUCAACAGGUGAAUAAUUCGACCCUAAUCUGUUGGAACGCAGCCCAGUCCACAAAGCUCCACCCUCAUUAAACUGUGUGUGUAUAUGUAUAUAUAUAUUUAGAGAAAAAUCGGGUGGAGCUGUGUGCUGUUAAAUAUUUACUUAGGAUUCGGCAACACAGGUGGAGCAGGAUGACAUCCGGAUCUCAAGGCUCCUUGUUUCACCCAUGCAGCUUGCAUAUUUUAAAUGGGAAGAUUAAUGAGAGCACUCUGUGGAGCAUGGACUUCCAUACAGUUUACAAAUACAUCUGUCACUUGUGCCUCGGCGUGCAGAUCGUCUGGGCCUUAGACGAAGUGAGGCUCCUGAACCCUCCGGAGGAGGCUGAACCGGACCAUGUGCUGGACGUGCUUUACUCCUGUGACCAACCUGCGACGGUGCAGCUGGACUGCGUUGUGUCUUUUGAAACCGGCGCGACCUCCACGCUGAUGCUGAGGCGGUGGAGGUGCGUCCCCGGGGAGCCUCGGAUCAGGACCCUGCGGCUGAACCUGCCGGACUGGCUGGUGUAUCGAGCUGACGGGAUAGUUCCAGACUCUCACUGGGUGCUGAGCUGUAUCCUCCGAGCCUCGGUCAGAGCAAGCGGAUCGGAUGAGGGUUCCAUCGUGGCUGAAGACGCGGCAGCUGUAGAGCCCAAGGCCUUUUUUAGUCGUCCCGUCAAACAGCAUCAGGUCUGCGUUGCGUGGGGCACACAAAUGCUCCAAUUAACGCCACGGUUUUUAGAGAAACAGUGUCCCCUGGAAGAAGAAACUGCACAUUUGCUGUCCUCGAUCUACGCUUCAACUGGAGAAGAGUUUGGCAUCACAAAGACACUGAGGCCCUACAGGAGCGAGGUUCUUGAGUACCUGCGUGUUAAAUCCACCUCUUUUCCAUGGUGUAUGUUUUCCAUCUGGCUCUUUGUGACCGGUUACUGUCAGCAAAGCCUGUGUGGCGUGUUCCAACAUAUAAACAACGGCAACAGUUACAUCACACCGACGCUGCUGCUCACAGAUAAAGGCCUUCUGCACAUCCAGAUGAGCGCAGAGUCUGUGGAGGAAUCCUCUGCGUUUCUCUCUCCAUUCAAGGUGCCUUUAAAUGAGUGGUGCCAGCUGGGUGUGAGCUUGCACGGCACAUCAGUCACAGUCACCAUGGUGUGCGAGGAGGAGAGGACAGUCAAAUAUGCGCAACACAUUUUCAGACACACUGUGGUACUGGACGACACCGAGGGGUAUUUUGUGAUCGGCGGAGGGAAGUAUGUGCAAGGUGUGGAAGGUUAUUUUGGACCGGUGGUUUAUUACCGCAACAGGAUAUUACCUCAGUCUGAGUUUGCCGUCCCAGAUGUUAUCAGGAGCGUGAACCUGACCGGAUGGCUGCAGACCUGUGAUGAUUUUCGGCGCGAUAUGGCUGUGAAGAUGAGUGGCUACUCACGAAAGGCCAAGGAGAUGGAGCCUGAUACUUGUUUCCAUGUGUUCUACCAGUGGACGGUGAAGGAGAGAGCGCCAUCACAUCCACAGUGUCAGCUGUGGGAGGCAGCGCUCCCUCACAGAAAACAUGCCGCUAAACUGGCCAAGUUAUUAGCUUUUAAAAAUGGAGGAAGAGCCGUCGGCUUGCCAGCUGUGGGCAGAGCGCUGUACUCCUUAUCGCUUCAUAAGCUGGGCAGAGUGAGCAGCACUGGAGUGGUCAGCAGAAUAUUACCGCUGCUGCUCCAAGCUGGCUGCCUAGCUGAUAACCAAGCUCUGCACAUGUCGUCUGUGCUCUACAGCUCUGGCCUGGGAGUCGAGAAACAGCCCAUUAAGGCUUGGCUCCUCGCCCUGCUGGCGGCCCAGAAGGACGACCGACUGGCGCUUCUGCAUCUCGGGCACCUGCACCAUCAAGGGCUUCACGGCCUCCCAGCAGACACAGAUGUGGCCUAUGCGUACUAUGCAAACAUUGCUAAGCAGACAUACUUAGACCGCCUUGACCCCACACCACAGCAGGCGUUUGUUGAGGCUAUUUACUUGAACAACGAUGAGGUGCUGAAUCUCCAGACCAAAGAAGACCACCAUAUCUUUCAGUGGCUCAAGCUGCAGGCACGAAGGGGAGCGACUGAGGCUGAGCAAGCUAUUGCCCGCAUGCUAUUCUGGGGACAACAAGGAGUUUCUUCAAACAUCCAGGAGGCUGCGAGGCACUACCGAAGAGGAGCCGUCCAGUGGAAGGACCCGGUGUCAAUGUAUGACUAUGGCAUCGUUCUUCUAAAGGGGCAGGGAGUUCAGCAGGACAUCCCAAAAGCUAUUACAUUCCUGAAGAAAGCAAUGGACCAGGGUUUUGUUCCUGCCAUCAAUGCGCUGGCCUGGUACUAUGAACAGUAUGAAAAGGACUUUGUGCAGGCGGUGCAGCUGUGGGAGAAGGCCGAUCUGCUCGGAUGUCCGGAAGCCGCUUUGAAUCUGGGCGUCCUGUACUCACAAGGUCAUUAUCCAGGAAGAGCUGCCAACCAAUAUAUGGCCUAUAGACACUACCUGAGGUCUGCAGAGAGAGGACACAUCAGGGGAGCGGUUCUCCUCGCUGACAUCUGGACCACAGGGAUUCCUGGUCUUGUCAACAGACAUCCAUCAGACGCAGUUUUGUGGGCGAAGUGGGCAGCUGAGCAGAACGGAUACUUGGGCAGCAUCUUAAGGAAAUCUUUGAAUGCCUAUCUCGAGAGCAACAUGUUGAGUUCACUGUUACAUUACUUGAUGGCCGCCGAGGCAGGGUUCGCGCCUGCACAGUUUAACGUGGCGUAUCUGUGUGAAGAAAAUACGGGAGGUUAUCUGGAUCCCGCUGAUGCUCUGCGCUGUAUGUGGAGAUACUACAACCUCACAAUUCUAAGUCAGAGUCCUGACACUUAUGCCUUUAUUAGGAUGGGUGACCUGUUGUAUGAGGGUCAUGGUGACAGGCAGAAAGAUUUGUUUUCCGCAGCACAAAUGUACAAACUGGCGGCACUGAGGAACGACCCACAGGGAUGGUACAACCUUGGCCUCCUCGCUGAAGAGGGUUACCGGCUGCCACUAUCUGUACUGAUUGAGCUCGGCCUCUCGCAGCUGUACUUUGCAGACAACGGUUUGCUUCGAAGCACUUUGUAUACAAGAUGCAGAGACUCGGAGGACACAGAUUCAUUCUUGCCUUGCAGCCUUGCCCUCUUCAAUGUAUACCUAAAAUCAUUCCAGGCGGAGUAUAGCGCUGCCAUUAAGAUCUCCACUGCUGUUGCCGUGGUUGCAGCUCCAACAGUGUUCGUGAUCAUCCUCAGAGUCCUCAGGAGACGAGUUCAGUCUCUCGACUAGGGCCAGGGUUCUUGUGAAGACUCUCAACCUUCAGUGAAAACAGAAAAACAGCCCAGCGAAAUACUGAACAAAGUCGACCGCUUUACGAAUAAACAUGUCACAUGAUUAUAUUAUUUUUGUACACGUUGAUGUAAAAUAAUAAAGAAACUCAAUCAGUUUCAAGCAA